GGGAAGACCGGCAGGGAGAGCGCCCCGGUGGGGUUGCGUGGGGGAGAAGGGUCGCUAAGUGCCGCCGGUGGGCUACGCGCACGCACGCUCACACCCCGCCUCCCCGUCCCGCCUCCUGCCCCGCCGCCGCGGGCAGCGAGAGCGGGGAGGCGGCCCUCAGCUGCCCGCGCCGAUCGCCUGGCGGCCUGGCGGAGCGGCGCUGGGCCCGCCCUCCCGCGCGCGGUGGGGGGGGGGGGGGGGGGGGGGAGGCGUGUGUGUGUGUGUGUGACAGGAGGGGAGGGCGAGCGCGUGACGCCCUCCGCGCCCCGCCCCCCCACCCCCCCCCCCAAUCUCCUGCCGCCGGCGCCGCCACCUCGGCCCGGCGCGGGCGGGCGGGCGGGCGAGCGGGCGGCGCAGCCAUGGAGCCGGAGCGCGAGUGCCGGGUGCUCUCCAUCCAGAGCCACGUCGUCCGCGGCUACGUGGGCAACAAGGCGGCCACCUUCCCCUUGCAGGUUUUGGGAUUUGAAGUUGAUACGGUGAACUCUGUGCAGUUUUCAAACCACACAGGUUAUGCCCACUGGAAGGGUCAGGUGUUAAAUUCAGAUGAACUUCAUGAACUGUAUGAAGGACUUAAGCUGAACAAGGUCAACCGGUAUGAUUAUGUACUCACAGGGUAUACAAGAGACACAUCAUUUCUUGCAAUGGUGGUGGAUAUUGUCCAGGAGUUGAAGCAACAGAAUUCUAACCUAGUAUAUGUGUGCGAUCCAGUGAUGGGUGACAAAUGGAAUGGAGAAGGCUCUAUGUAUGUGCCCAAGAAUCUCCUCCCAGUCUACAGGGACAAAGUUGUACCUGUUGCUGAUAUAAUUACUCCUAACCAGUUUGAAGCUGAGUUGCUCACAGGCAGGAAGAUUCACACAGAAAAAGAAGCUUUAGAGGUAAUGGAUAUGCUCCACGCCAUGGGACCAGAGACUGUAGUGAUCACAAGCUCAGAUCUACAGGGGCCUCUAGGAAACGACUACCUAAUUGCUCUGGGAAGCCACAGAAAAACUAAAGCAGAUGGUACCAACAUGACACAAAGAAUUCGAGUGGAGUCUCCUAAAGUGGAUGCUGUCUUUGUUGGAACAGGAGACUUGUUUGCUGCUAUGCUUUUGGCAUGGACACAUAAGCACCCGAACAAUUUGAAGGUGGCAUGUGAAAAGACUGUGUCAGCCAUGCAACAUGUUCUGCAGAGGACCAUUAAGAGUGCAAAAGCACAAGCUGGAGAAGGAAACAAACCAAACUCAGCCCAGCUGGAACUGAGAAUGGUCCAAAGCAAAAAGGACAUAGAAAACCCAGAGAUCAUAGUGAAAGCCACCGUGUUAUAAAGGCUGUAUGUCUCCAAUAACGCACAAUGUGUUGAUGUCCUCAUUUCUUUCCUGUAAAUUGUAAUAUUUGCCUUAGAUCUGUGACAGAAACCUGACUCUCAUGAAAUAGUGCCCAGCAUAGACAGAUAUCCACUCUCAAACAUAUGUGCUGGCCUUGCUCAGUUUUAAAAACAAAACAGUUAGUGUGCAUCGAAGCAUAUUACCAGAUAUCAAAAUGGCUGUCAAAUUCACUUAGUCUGUGUAAUUACCCAGGGCAAGAGAGUACAAUGUUCCUGCCUUGCCAAAGACUUUAGAUGUGAAUUUGCUAAUGGAAUGCUUGACUGACUGGAAAUUAUAUUUCAAGAUGGCAUCUAAUGCCAAUGGAGCUGGCUCCAUGCUCCCUUUUCCUGGAGAUAUUUGAUUACCUUCUCUGGUAUUCAGUAUCUCAGCUGCUAUGAAACUAAGCAGGGUUAAAACUACACACAAAGUUCUAGUUGUGUGUAGGAGUACUUUGAAGAUGUUUGGUGUUUAAGUUCUUUGAAGUGACCUUGAGGUGUCAUUCAUGUUACUGAUAACUGCUCCUGUUUCUUGUCUAUGAACAGCUGCACAGUUUCAGUUUUUGCAGGUACUGGCUGCUUAUUUCUAAUAUCUGUGGGUGCCCACAUGAUUUUCUUCCUAAAGCUGCUCCAGAAACAUCUUCAUUAAUAAGAUAAUAUCUUUGUUCAGUAGCACUGAUUAGAAGUUUGUAGUUCUACCUCCAAGGCCAGGUUUGAUUCUUUGUUUGGUUUUUAACUAAGGACAAACAUUCUGUAAGGACAAGAGAAAGCAGCUCUUACCCUGAAAGCUGGCUACUCUAGUUUGUUCUUCAUGGGUGGAUUUAUUUACAAACUAUGUGGGGUACUUCCACUUAACACUAGUGAACAUUAUUGGCAGGCUUAUCAAUGAAGCAAUGUGGUAAGAGUAAUAUUUUUAGUUUAGUAAGGUUUAGUAAGUUACAUAUGUUUACCAAAUGCAGUGAAACAUACAAAAUGAAUUUGUUCUUAAUGUUAAGUCCCUGCAGCCUACGCUGAUUAGAGAUGACAGAAACGCGGUAUUAUUAACGCAUCUUUAUUUCAAAAUUCUGCUUCAUAAGGCUUCAAAAUGGAUUUCUUAAUAAUUUCAGCGUCUUAUACAUCACAGCCACAUAUUAUACCAGUAGGACAGAUAUGCUGACAGCUGCGACCACUCACACUUCUUAUGAUUUCUGUAUGGGACUGAGGUUCUUGCUUCUCCCAAGAUGAGCUCUAGUGUCUUGUUAAAUCCAGAUUCAGUUGAUGAGCUUCAUUUGUCUCAGACUGCAUAGGGAGAUUAAAAUUGCAUUUCUGCUUGCAGUGACACGAAGCAGAUUUGCAUUAGAGGAAAGGGAUGAGUUUUUCUCAAUUGCCUGAGUAUGCUCAGGAAAGUCACUCUCAGGUAUCUCCCAGAUACCUUUCCUGCAUCUUCCUAAUCACACCUGCCUAACUGAUAGUGCCACUUGCAUAGCUUGGGAGUCCCCAGAAGAGCUGGUUUGGAGAUUGCUUUGACCACUGAGGUCUUCACUUAUCUGACCAUUUUUGUGGAUUUUUUGCCAUUGUAAAAGUUAAUUGGUUUCACCUAGUAGAAGAGGAAUUUAUCCUUAAAGUAAAUUUUUAGCUGAAUAGAUUUUUUUCAUAGAGUAAGAUUUCAUAACAGUACAUUUCUGAAAUCCCUGAUUUUCAGUAUUUCUGAAGCAAAUGAAAUUUAAGAGGUGAACACAUUUUGCAGUAAAUGUAAGAAGCAAACUUCAGGCUUUCAUUCCCAACAACUACUAAUAAUUUCAUUUCCUCUUAUGCAUUUGGCAUUAGAAAUGGAAAAAAAAAAAAAAAAAACCAAACAACUAAUAUGACUUGAAUUUUAAGGGGAAAAAAAACCCACAGAAAUGACCUACAAAACAUGACUCUACUGCCAUGGUUUUUAGUAACCACUGCCAUGAAAUAACUUUCUAGCAAUAAUAAUUUUGGUGACGUGAACAGUUGCUAAAAUUAGCAGUCAGUAAGAGAUGAGCUCACGGCUGACAGCCAACAUGUAAAAAGACAUGAACUAUCUUAACAGUGUGUAUAAAUGUCUGAUGGGAAGCAGUGAAGAACAAGGAGCCAGGCUUUUCUCAGUGGUGCCCGACAAGGGGAUAACAGGCAACGGGCACAAACUGAAAUACAGGAAAUUCCAUUUAAACAUUAAAACAAUAUAAUUCACUGUGAGGGUACAGGUUGCCCAGAGGCGUUCUGGAGUCUCCAUCCUUGGAGAUAUUCAAAACCUUACUGGGCAUGGCCCUGAGCAACCCACUGUACUUGACCCUGCUUGCGCAGUGGGGUUGGACUAGAUGAUCUCCAGAGGUCCCUUCCAACCUCAGCCAUUCUGUGAAGUACAAUGAAUUGCCUUUCUUUGCAAGAAAGAAAUCUACAAAUUGAUGUAAAUAUUUUUUUUUUUUUAAUUCCAGAGGCACAAACUUCCAGAUAGGCUAGGAAAUAGAUCAAUAUUAAUAAUUUGUCCCCUCUUUAGAUAAGCUGCUUUCUGCUUGGACAGAUGUGCCAGGAAUAUAAUUGCCUUUUUUGAGAUACUUGCUUUCAGCAAAGACAGUUAAAUACUGUAGCUGGUGAUGCAUUUCAACAGUUGAACACAAAAGGAUUUAACUGUUUCUGGCGUUGAUUAAAGAAGUAUUGCAUGCCAUAUUCCAAACAUAACUAUGAGUUUGUUUAUCUUUUAAAAUUAGACUAUUUCAUGUGGACGUGUAUAAUCUCUACCAUCCUCUUGGGAAGAAAAGAUCAACAUACUGAACUUCCCUGCCUGUAUAUAUCAUGGUUGGCUUUGUGGCAUUAUGCUUGAUACCCUCACCCAGCUGAAUCCAGUUUUGCAGCUCCUAUGGGUAACAUUCAAAAAUCUUCAGAUGGCCAAGCUUUGGGACCUCUUCUGUGUCCCUCAGACUAGCAAGAAUUAGAUGAACCCCAGGAGCAGUUCACAUGCAGUAAAUGACAUUUGAUGUCUGCAGUCCCGUGGCUCCAGCACAGAUCUUACCUGGGUCUGGAAGUGGCUCCUGGUGUGCUCUCUCCUACAGCCAGCGCCGUGGCUCGCCCUGCACCCCCUGCACCAGCAUUUAGCUUCGUUGCCAGUCACGUAACACGGCCUGGGCUGGGAGCUGCACGGGGCCAAAGUGAGAGCCGUGUGUCACUGUCCCUGCACUAGUGCAGUGCAAAAUCGAGGUUCUUCAGUUCUUCACAUUGGGGGAUCAGCAGGAGGGAGAAGCUCAAAAUUGGCCUUUUAAAUUUUUCUUAAGCCACAACAGGUAUGCACUGUCAAAAUUUGCUGUCAGAGAAGCCCUACCUGUUGCAAGCAUGUACUACAGAAAAGCGCUUUUAGCAAGUGUGAGACAGCACAAUUUUUUUUGCCUCUAAAAAAAAAAAUAGACUUUCACGAGGGAAUUGAGAGAAAGGCAGGGGCUGGUUUUCUCUUGAAAUAAAAAAGCUUGGAAUUUAGAAAAUUUAAAUCUGCCUUGCAAACAAGGCUUUAUCUGUAAACCAUAAUGAAUGGUGAUCUUGCCAUAAAAGAGGAAGUGGUAUGUUUGGAGCAGCUUAUACCUGUCAGGUGUUAUCUUUUCUCACUGCUUCAAAGAAUGAAUUAGUUCAGUAAUUCACACCUUCCUUGGAAUCUGCGACAUAUCCAUGUUAAAAAAAAAAAAAAAAUUAUACUAAUGUGUUCAAUUUGCAAAAGUUCAUAUUUUGCAGUAGCUGGGUUCUGUAGCAACGGGCUGCUAGCUUCUUCUGCUUAAGUCCCUGGGAGUUGCUCCUGUGAUACCUGUUUUAAACUCCCACUGACCUUACCUAAAUUAGGUCAGGUUUAUGUCUUCAGUGAAGAAUUGGGUUUAACAUCUCUUGCCAGGAACAAACAUCAGAAAUUAUCUGUAAAUAUAUUCUGUAGCUAACAUUUUGUAGUCACAACAGGCUAACAUUUUUAAAUGUCAAGGUAUACAUACUUGGGUGCAUUUUCAUUUGUUCCGAGUUACACAGCGCUCUUUCAUAAUGUUUGCAGACCCAAAUUCAAAGACUCGGCACAGUCCUGCCCAGUCUUCUAUUCCCUCCCCUCCUCCUGCAUAUAAUAUCUGUGUCUCUUUCUGAGUUCCUACUGUCUUUCUGGUGCAGCUGGAAAGUGUCUCAGUGUCAAGACAGCUGACCACUACUUAAGGGCUUGGAGGAGAUUUAUCAGGCUUGUCUGAUCCACUUGCAGAUCCUUAGGUAAAGAAAAAUGGUUAGUCUAAACUAGUUUAGGUCCCAGCUGAUUACAGAAGAACAAGCACUUCAGCCCAGAGAGUGGAGUCAAUAACUAAUGGAUAAUCUUCCACGACCGUCCUGACGGCGUGAAGGGUGUCGGUAACCCACCAGUCCAGCAUUCCCCGGUGGGGACCGCGGGCGUCCCCGCCGCGCGUACUCCCGUGCGCGCGUGGCGCUGGAGGCGAAGGGCUGCUUCUAGGGCAGAAGUACGUGUACGCACGGAAGCGGUGAGUACUUCGUGCUUGUGGCCAGUCAACGUCCCCACCAUCCUUUCUUGUCGCUUACUGGAAGUAAUUUGUGUUGGAUACCUUUUUUUCUGGAACGAACUUUGUAGUGUGUGUGGUCAGCCAUUUUGAUUACUGCAAGCGCACUCAUUUGCAGAGCCAUCGUGCUGGAGAGACCAAAAGUUGUUUACAAACAAAUCUACUCUAUUCUGGGCCCGGAUCAGUCUCUACAUGCUUAAAAUUCCCGUGUACCUAUUUGGGAGACAUGCAUAAAGAUAUUGUGCUAAUAUCAAUUCACACUCGAUAUAAACAUUUAAGAAAUCUGCAGUAUGAAUUGUUAACAUUAAUGUUUGUUUGCUGGUUUUUAUCAUAAGUGGGAGAAAUCUAUAAUCAAUGUGUUGUACAAAAGAAUCGGAGGACCAAGGUUUCCAGCUACUUAUACUGCCUUUUUGAGUAUCUUAAACUGUGUCUUGAUUGGAUGGUGUUAAUUUGUUGUCUGAGACUGUUAUGGUGACUGUACUGAUUUAUUUCAUUUUAAAUAUGUGGCAAGGAAGAUUGUAAUAAAAGCAUCUACAUUUAA